UGAAGAGGCAAUGGCUGCAAUUUGGUGGAGAGCCUUUUCCUUAUUGCUGCUGUCCGCGAUAGCCGUGGAAGGUAGCACGUAUUACAUGGACAGCUACACAGGGUCGUGUUCCUCAUACUCCUACAAGUACACAUAUUCCACUAGUCACACAGUGAAGGCGUGGUACCCCGGCAACAGUUACAUGUCCUCUUCCUACUGCUCUCUGGUUUUCUACGCCUCUCCGUCAACAGGAAAAUUGGCUUUUAGUUUUUCUUCCUUUUCUGCGACCAGCUCCAUAACUCUUUCAUUUUACGAUGGUUCUUACACGUCGGACACCCGGUUGCUAAGGUUAGAUAACUCCAACUCGAUGCCAUAUUCCACAUAUUAUACGACCGGGAGCGCGUUGCGUGUCUAUCUGGUCAAGACCUAUUCCUCCAGCACUGGCUACAGUUUUGAGUUCAGCGUGUGGAGACACACCGGUACUUCAACCACCCUGGGGACUCUGUCGCUUCCUAUCUCAAUGGACGACAGCACACAGUGCGGUAGCCAGAUUAAAUACGUGAACAGCGGCCAGUACCUGUGGGUGAACGCAUGGGCCCCUUCUAACACCUACAGGACCUCCACCAGCUCGUGUACCAUGUAUUUCAGAGCGGCAAUCUCCACAGACUACCUGGCGGUCUCCUUCGCUUCUGGAAGUCUUUCCAUCUCCAGCAGCUACGUGACGUUGUAUUUUUAUGACGGGUCCAGCACCUCCAGUACUUUACUGACCAGCUUUAACUCGUACACCAGCUCGCCGAGCAGUACAUACUACGCCACAGGGUCCUCCCUGACUGUGUACCUAAGUAACGGCUACAGUUCGUCCAUCAGUUUCAGUUUUCAGGUGUUCGCCACGUCAACUCCAGUCACCACCACUGCCACGCCGUCGUCUUCCAAUACAAACUACCGUUACAUGGACGACAGCACGGAUGAUUGCAGUGACACUAUCUACAUGAGCGAUGGUCAAACGGAAAUCGUCUCAGCUGCAUCGGGCAGCAGCAUGUCCUACUCCAGUUCGUCUUACUGCUAUUUGUAUUUUCGAACCAGAGAUAGUUCCGCCACAAUGAAGGUCAACGUGACUCAACUGAGCCUCUAUAGUUAUGGCACCCUGAAGUUUUAUGACAGCCGUUAUACGUCUUCAAGUCUAUUGAAGGAGUACAGUUAUUCAGAUUAUAUUGGAUCGUCAGCUGAUACCUUCUACACAUCGGGGCAGUAUCUUUCCGUGAGACUUUACCGUAGCUCCUCCUCCAGCCAUCGCUUCACCUUCAAGGUGUCAGUUGUUCCACCGGGUUUGUCAAGCGGUGCCAUAGCGGGCAUCGUUCUUGGUUCACUGGCUGCCGUCGUUGUUCUGUUAGUAAUUGUGAUUAAAGUUUGCUCAUCAUCCAAAAAGUCAUCCCCAAGAACUCGGAUCAGACCGCAUAACACACGCAAUCUCACCACCACUGCCUCGACGGUCAACUACACCACCACCUCAGGACAGAUGGGAAUGCAAACCCAACCGUAUGGCGGAUUUGCCUCUCAGGGCCCCGCCUACCCCCCGCCGUCACAAGCUUAUGGACCAACCACAUCCAUGGACUCCGCCUACCCCCCGCCGUCACAAGCUUAUGGACCAGUCACAUCGCUGGACCCCGCCUACCCUCCGCCGUCACAGCAUUUCUCCGCCCCUCCACCUUCUUACACGGAUGCUACUGGAGGUGAUGGCCUAUACGCCCCGCCUCCGCCACCGCCUUCGUACUGCUCAACGCUUAAUCAAACAGACUCUGCAUACAAACCUGGGUUUUCGUAGGGUGAUGUUGCGUAGGGGAGGUCCCAGAGAUCGACAGAAGAGACGUGUACAGUUAGACCCACACGUGUAAAUAUUUUCUGCAAAUUUAAAUGUGCAGGUAAUGUGCAUGUGUGCAACACAAAAUUGCCGUAGGACUGAAAAUGACUCGAGCGUAUGAUGUGCCUUAUCUGAAUGCCCGAGUCCCAUUCACCGGGGAGUUCCUUCUGUGCCAAAUGUUUUCCAGGAGAAGGUCCUGAGACGCGGUCGAUUCUAAAGAUCUCCAUCUUAUCCUUAUGAGCCACAGCAUACAUGACAGUCACUAAAGUGAAGAAUCGCUUCCAAAAGGACAAGAUUUGCCUUAAGUACAAGACAAACCAAAUGUAAUGGCUCGUUUUUAUUUAUUAUAUCAAUUUUGGUGGAAGGGUUCAUGUACAAAGUACGUGUAAAAUUUUGCUUUAACUAUGUCCCUAUUAUAUAGCUGCAGUAUUACCCGCUUGCGUUGAUGACAUUCUGCUCCAAGACCCUCUGAUCUGUAGGCCCUAUAUACAGUAAAAGUUAACUACACGAAGG